GUUCUCUCUCCACUCCCGACAACUGCUCUCAUUCCCUCUCAUUCCCUCGCCCCUCCCUCGCACCGUAAAAAAUCCCAGUGAAGUGUAAACCUGUGACAUUAGUGGGAAAUCCUUGAGGAGGCGAAAAAGGAAAAUAGAAAAAAUAGCCGAGUCCUCAGUUCACUUCUGUCCUCGUCUCCCCGAAAUUAACCUUUUCUGUUCACUCAAUUUGCCCAAUUCUCUCCCUCUGUUAUUCUCCAAAACAGAAUGAGAGGCAAUCACAAAUACACAACGGGAUCCAUAAUUCUUGUCGAAUCGGUGUAAAGGUUCAUGGGACGUUAGGAUUUAACUGUUCAUAAUUGGAUAAAUCGACCGAAUUGUGGAUUGUGGAGUCGACGAUCCGGUGAGGAAUAUCGAAUUUAUAAAUAGUAAAUCAGGGAGUUUGUUGCGAGGUUGAGGAGGAAAUUCAGUGGAAAGUGAUAAUGUCGGUAUUGAAUCAGAGUGGUGAGGAUGCUGUUGAGUGUCCACUGUGUAUGGAGCCCCUGGAAGUGGACGAUCUUAAUUUUUUUCCAUGCACAUGUGGAUAUCAAAUAUGUAGAUUUUGCUGGCACAGAAUUCGUACAGACGAGAAUGGCCUGUGUCCUGCAUGCAGGAAGGCCUAUUCUGAGAACCCCGCCGAUUUUAAGCCCCUGUCGAAGGAGGAAAUAUCGAGGUUGAAGGCUGAAAAAAGGCUGAAGGAUCAGCAACGUAAACAACGUGUCACGGAAAAUCGAAAACAUCUAGCUAAUGUUCGAGUAGUUCAAAAAAAUCUUGUGUUCGUUGUUGGUCUCCCCAUGCGGCUGGCGGACGCCGAUGUUCUCAAGAGACACGAGUACUUCGGUAAAUUUGGGAAGAUACAUAAAGUCGUUAUUAAUCAGAGUACAUCGUAUGCGGGGUCUCAAGGGCCUAGUGCCUCGGCGUAUGUGACUUAUCAGCGCCAGGAAGAUGCGCUACGCGCGAUAGAAGCAGUGAACAAUAUUCAAGUGGACGCUAGAACGAUAAAAACGUCACUAGGCACCACCAAGUAUUGUUCACACUUCAUGCGAAAUCAAGCGUGUCCAAAGCCGGACUGCAUGUAUCUGCACGAUCUGGGGGAUCAGGAGGCGUCGUUCACCAAGGAGGAGAUGCAUCAGGGAAAGCAUCAAGAGUACGAACGCAAACUCGUGCAAUCGUUGCAUGUCUCUGCGACAUUAGCAGUCAAUCGGAAACCGACUCCAUCGCCUCCAGUGACGGGUACCACAAUCCGCGAAAAUGGUGCAGUACAGAAUUCUCAGACAAAGGAAGCGUGGCCAUCGUUGCAACCUGGUCAAACAAACAGCACUUCAUCAAUAAGUAAAGACUCCUCUCCCCCAUCGCAAUCUCCACCACAGGCGAAUUGUUCAGCCCCAUCUGCUGGGAUACCGUCAGCCCAGUCGAACAACAACUCGACGCAGCAGCAGAACAACAACAACAAGGGCGAGGGCAUUGGCUCGAGCUCACGUCGUGGUAAGAGCAACAGCGAGAGCAAGGUCCAGGCAGUGCGAAAUAAGCACAAAAAUACCCAGAAUAAAGAGAAACACGGUACGACACGUACAACAUCGAGAUCAGAGUCCAGUUCCAGUGGUCAUGGGAUGGCAAGUGAUAAACAACAAAUUGAUGGACAGAAGGACAUCAGGAGCUUCAAUGACGAGCAGAGUAGUGAUGGAAGUGCUAAUGGAAGGUGCAACGAUGAUCAGGGGGUGCAUCGACAACGGCAAAAUAGCGAUUCAGCUACGAGUAUUGAACAGGCUAUGAGGGAUAUUAAAUUAAAUGGUGUUACACGUAAUUGUGAGACCUCGGAGAGUGAGAGUGAACCGCAGAGGGAGGGCAGCACACCAGCCAGCACGGCGUCCAGUAGUUCCGAUGAUUGUGCCAGCAAUGGGCCUGAGAGACUCGUUGUUCAUGACGAUAACUGCGAUCCCAGUGUUUUAGGCACAUCACCGAUAACGAACACAAACGCUAGUCUAGCGUCAGUCAGCCAAGCACCACCUGGUUUACAUCCAAUAAAUACUAAUUCUAAUGGAUUGCAAACGCAAGUUAAUCAUCGGUCGUUAUUUCAAACAGAUAACAACAGUUUCUUUAGCUCCAAUACGUUUCAGAAAAUAUCCACUGUCGUGUCAGUGCCACAGAAUUCACAGUCAGCAAACCCCAGCAUCGACUGGACAGCCCCAGCCCUCUCGUCAAUCCCCGACUCCCUGCCGUCAGUCCACUCAACCGAGGAUUGGCAGGCAGCCUUCGGCUUUCAACCCGAGAAACGUCACUCGAACCAUCAACAGUCCCUGGUGCCCCCCCAAAGCCCAACAGCAUCACCCAGCGUGCCUUUCAACGCUGAAAAUUUCCUCGACGACGAGGACUACCUAGACCCCCAGUACUCAAAGCUCCGUGACUUCGAUCCCUCCAUAAUAAUGACAUCGACCCCAGCCUCGAAAUUCAUGGCAGACUUCCAGCAGAACUCCCUCCAACAAAGACUCUCCCUGCAAGCCCAACAAAACCAAGAGAACUGUGAAUACAUAAAGCAGAACGGCCACAUCCUGGACAAACCAGAGAGCAACGACAUGAAGGUGGACGACGACCUGGGCUUCGAUCCCUUCCACGAAACCCAGAAGGCCCUAGCUGAGCUAAUGGAGAACGAGAUGCAGUUGCAGCAGCAGAGACUCCUCCAACAGCAGCAGCAGCAGCAACAGCAGCAGCAGAACCAUCACAACCACCGUCACAACCACUAUUUCCACAAUCACCAGCAGCAGCAGCAGCAGCAGAUGCACAGGGAGCGCGAGGAGACAAGUAGAAAUCACCAGAACAUCGCCCAGAGCCUCCAGCCCCAGCACUUCACCCAAGUGACACACCUGGCGCAUCUCCAUCAGGCCCACCAGCUCCAGAAUAUCCAGGUGAUCCAGCAGUCCCACAGUUUGAUAUCACGUCUUCCACAGGGCAUGAUUGCCACUGGCAACCAGAGCCCUGUUCAGCCGUCAAUGCCAGUCGCCAGCAUCGGCCAGAGAUCAAGAUUACCACCACCUGGAUUUCCUGGGUCAACUCCCAAUCACAUGAACUCGUUUGGCCUUGGAAUACCACGCCCUGCACCCAAUAAUUCGGCUCCUCAGCAGAGCUCGUAUCUUCCCAAUGGCAAUGUCAUUGCACCUCAGGGGAUUCACAAGUGCACGGGAGAUGGGGUUUAUGGUAUCAAGGACUGGUGUGAGAUUAAUGGGGGACAGCAGGGACAGGGGCAUGUGUUCAGUCAUCAGGGGCUUGGCCAGAAGGGGUGGAAUAAUUUUGGACCUGUUGCUGAUUGGACAAGCAUCGAUCCGGCUAUUGUUAGUUCAUCGAGACCUGUGCCCUUCCAGGGGACUAGCACGUGGCAGUUCCCCAGGAUUCAUCCGAGCUCACAUGUGCCACACAAUGCGCAACAGGAGCAAAGUGCACCAGCUCAGCACUGGGCAAUGCAGCCACCUCCGGGCUUUGGCGGUCCAUCGUCAACUCAGUUGAAUGGUCAACAAUCAAGCACAGCUGCACAACCGCACACUAAGCUCAUUUCCGCAGGGCCGGAAAUCGAGAACUUAUAAAUUAAAUCACAAUAGAAAAAUGAAAUCAUGAAGUGACCAGAUGGGUAGGAAUCAUGGUAACGGGACGAGUGGGUGAAUAAAAAAAUUGGAAGAAAUAACGAGGAGACCAUUGGAUGACGGACUCGAUGGUUUCACUGGCAGCAGGAUUUCCCUCCAGCCCCCACGAGGUGAAAGAGAUCAUCACUCAUCCUGCCGUACCUUCUAAUCUAAAUUUGUAAUAAAUUAAUUUCUUCCACGCCAGUGAAAGGAAAGAAACAAUUCUGACGAGAGGAAAAAUAUUAAAUGAUUUAAUGAAAAAUGAGAGAAUUUUGAGAAAAAAAAAACCGCUAAGCGAUUAUUAGCAGUCUGCGAAUAGAAUGGGAAAAUGAAGAAAUACAGAAUAUGAUUAUAAUUAUAACAAUAAUAAUAACGAUAAUAAUAAUAAUAUUAAUUAAUAACGGAGGGCGCAAUGGCAUCGAAGCAAUUAUUUGGUGAUACAAUUCAUUGAUAUUUAGUGAUUAAUUAAAUGAGAGGAAUCAGUCAUCUUAAUGGUUUGUUGAAUUGGGAGAGUGAGGGGAAUAUUGUGACAUAAUUUUCGACGCCUCACGACAAUUCUGGUUCUACUGUGCAGCCCUCUGGCCCUAGCUCAUACAGAAAUUGGGCGCCAGGUCGUUUUAUUCACCAGAACAACCACUGGGGUCAAAUUCGUUAUAAAUUCGGAAUUUUCGAUUGAAUUCAAGAACGCGUGGUAUGGCAGUUUUAUAACAAGCCAUAUGGGUGUGUAGCGUUACUUAGGGUUCGCAACGUGGACGCGGGUGGUAUAUGAACCCCAAAAAGCCAAAAUAAUAUAAUUAAUUUGACUAAGUUACACGAAAGUUAAGCCUCGGACGUGGCUCUCGUUGAUGAGGGUUUCACUACAAGUCUGGUGGCGACCAAAAUGAUGAAAGAAACCCACGUGACGGUCCGCAAAAACCGUGAGAUGAUUUGUAACAAAAAUAACACGUUACAAUAGAACGAUUUUAUGCAGUUUAAUGCAGCAUAAAUUAUACAUUAGGAAACAAUAUUUUUCGACAUCUGAUGGGAUGAUUAUAGUUUCCACGAUUAAAUGCAAGGAUUUUUUUUGUUAUAAA